AAACAGGACCCUUCAUUGUCUCGGUUACUCCUUUCUAAAGCGCGCGGUUGGAGACCAGUUCGUAUUUCCUGAUACCUACUCAAUGGUCUCCUGCACUAUCUUUACAUGAAAUCUCAUUCUAUGCUGCAUCCAUCAAACUGAGGUCACCUUCGCCCGUUAUGCUUACUAGCUCGCUCGCCUUGACUUGGGAGUACUUAGCUAGUGAUUAAGUGUUGCCCAUUCUGGGCCAAGAUAAGCCUCGAUCUACCUAUUUUCUGUAUAGACGAAUGUGCGGGAGCAGCCACAAAAAUGAGAUUCAGCGUGGGACAUGUCGCUUCAUGGCGGCUAUCUGUAAUUGUCGCCUCGGUGCUAGCCUGCCUAGUCCACGCAAGCCCCUCAGUCAAUGUUGCGUUACAGGCUUCAUUCGACUCGGCACCGUAUCUUAUAGAGCUUCUAGAAACCGCCGCUGAAGAAAACGCAACUGCCUAUUUCCCACUGCUCGACCGCAUCGCUGAUGGCGCCUUUGACCAUGUCGUGACUGAUAAAGAUGUGUACGAUCGCUUCUUACAGGUUGUACAUGAAGAUGGACACCUAGGAACUCCCGAGAGCCUCUCGUCGUUCAAACUCUCCUUGGCCAUUCGAUCAGCGAGCCCCCGAAUCGCGGCCCAUUACCAAUACUACAAUGCUUCCGUACAGCACUCCUUGAUGGCAGCGCAGGACGCAGCCUGUCCAGUGUGGGUGCACUCGGAUGGCAAGCAGUAUUGCUCCUCGACCAUGGGACGUGCUCAGCAGGAUGUUUCGGGAGACUUGGACCCGCGAGAGCUUCCAUUUGAUAGAGUUCUGGGGGAUACGUCAUUGCCCCCAGCCGUUUUGUACGCGGAUGUGGCAUCUCCAAUGUUCAAAGACUUCCACCAUACCCUUAGUGAUCUUGCCAAGGAAGGGCAGAUAUCGUAUCGCGUACGCUAUCGGCCGCCUCAGCACUGGAGACCUCGGCCCCUUUUCGUUUCUGGUUACGGUGUUGAACUUGCAUUAAAACGAACGGACUACAUUGUGAUCGAUGACCGAGAUGCUGGACAGAAAGAACCAGUCAAUGGGGAGGCCAACAAAGUAGGCGAUAUGAAUGGCGAUGCCCCAGAUGACCUUAGGCCAUUGUCCUCGUCUGAAGUAACACGUCUAGGUGUGAACACUGUCAAAUAUGUGAUGGAUAGUGACAACCCUCUGGAUACGCUCGUAAAACUGUCACAAGAUUUCCCUAAAUACUCCACAAAGAUCGCAGCCCACAAUGCCACUGCUAAGCUCUUGCAAGACAUCCGCUCUAGUCGAAUGGGGAUGUUUCCCUCUGGCGCCAACGCCAUGUGGAUUAAUGGGGUCCAAAUGGACUCUCGGAAGAUUGAUGCCUACUCUCUACUGGACCACUUACGCCGCGAAAGAAGACUAAUAGAGAAAUUUAGGGAUCUGGGAAUUUCCGCGCAGGAGGCCGUAGAUCUUCUGUCCCACAAGAUUCUCGGCGAGGCUCUGGCAGACGAUGCACCCCAACGUUACGACUACCGGGAUGAGAUCGAGGGUGGUCGGGUCCUCAUAUGGCUGAACAAUCUAGAAAAGGAUGCCAAAUACGAGUCCUGGUCUGGUGAAUUAGAAGCGUUCUUGCGUCCCACAUUCCCGGGUCAACUUCCACCAGUCCGCCGCGAUGCGAACAAUAUCGUUGUGCCGGUAGAUUUGGCCGAUAUUGAAGAUGUAAACUUUAUCGUCAAGACGGUACAAGUAUUUGUGCACAGGAAGAUUCCUGUGAGGUUUGGCUUAGUUCCGAUUGCAUCUUCAUCUGGAUCUACGGGCCAGCUUAAGGUUGCUCACUACCUGCAAGAGACCUUUGGUUUGGCGAGCCUGAUUAAAUACCUUGAGGAGUCUCUCACUGCGAACAAGAUCGCAUCUCCGGAUAAAAAUUCUUUUCAGGCUGCAACUAAAGAGCGGAACCUUCGUCCCGAUAGAACGGCUUUGUCAUUUGAAGAGGUUCUGAAGCAUGGAGCGCUUGACGAAGCGGUGUCUCGAACAGUAAAUUAUCAGAAUCGUCUCGGCAUCACAGGUGGAACACCAUUAAUCUUGGUUAACGGCGUCCCACUCGUCCGCGAUGAUAACUGGGUGCAAGAGAUGAGCAACAGAGUAGGCAAAGAUUUGCAAUCACUCCAGAAAGGCAUUAUGGAUGGCAUCUUCAAGGAAGACACGUGGCUACCGGGAUUCUUCCUUUCCCAGGCCUUCGAGCGUCGCAACCCCUGGGUGAUACCCGAGGACCCGAAGGAUAUCCGGGUCGUUGAUUUAGCCAAGGUGUCCGAAUCUCACAAGGAAGGACUGGACGCACUUCCUCGCAUCCAUUCUGACACAGACAACGCUCUGGAUAGUGUUCAUAUGGUCGUUGUGGGCGAUUUCGACUCCGAGAAUGGUUCCAAGCUCCUCACGGCAGCCUUGGAGAGCCGGAAAAAGCAUACUGAUCUAGAGAUACUCUUGCUUCAUAAUCCUGCACAUACAUCUGCCGCAAGUGGCUCCAUCACUGUCUAUCAUUCACUUAAAGAAGGCAGCGACGUGGAUGUCUCACAGGUCCUGGCUGAUAUUGGGUCCUCUGACUCUUCCAUGUCUUCCCAUAAGGAAGCUGAGAUCGCCGAGUUUUGGGCGUUGCAGCAGCCAUUGGCUUGGGACCUAGGAUUUGCACCUGGGGCAAGUGGCGUUGUUAUUAAUGGCAGAGUAGUUGGGCCUAUGCCAGAGGAUUAUGGAGUAGGACCAGAUGACCUUGACCAGCUUUUGGCAUAUGAGCACGCAAAGCGCAUAGAUCCGGUAGCGCAGGCUGCUAAGGAGCUCCAAAUCGGCUCAAAGCUUUCUGGUCCUCUGGCCUUUGCUAAGCUGACCUCACUGACUACACUUUCGACAAUAUCUGACGUCCCGGAGGGUAUCUACGAAUCGGUUCCUGACGUUCGGAUGAACUUGUUCAAUGAGUGGAACGAUUCUAGCUCCGUAAUAACCGUCUCCAACUCUGAAGACCCGGCGAUCACUAUAGUCGCUUCUAUUGAUCCAACAUCUGAAAUAUCCCAGAGAUGGUUACCUAUUCUGAAAGUACUCUCGCAACUGGCGAGCGUCAGGCUCAGGCUGUUCUUAAACGCGCGGGAAGAAAUACAGGAACUUCCAAUCAAGCGCUUCUACCGCUAUGUUUUAGACUCGAAGCCCUCUUUCGCUGGCGAUGGGUCUAUGUUGAGACCUGGAGCUACUUUCUCAGGCGUGCCGGUCGAACCACUACUUACCCUGGGCAUGGACGUUCCGUCAUCUUGGCUUGUAGCUCCCAAGGAUUCCGUUCACGACCUUGAUAACAUUAAGUUGAGUUCUUCGAACGCAGGAUCAGACGUGGAUGCUGUUUAUGCAUUGGAGCACAUUUUGAUAGAAGGUCACUCACGAGACUUGACUACAAAGACUCCUCCAAGGGGAGUUCAGCUGGCUCUUGGUACCCAGGAGAACCCCUACUUUGCUGACACCAUCAUCAUGGCCAACCUAGGUUACUUCCAAUUCAAAGCCCAGCCUGGGCUGUGGCAAAUUAAUUUGAAACCGGGCCGCAGUGAACGUAUCUUCAAGCUUGAUAGCGUUGGUGGCAUGGGCUACUCUCCGCAACCCGGCGAUGAGAACAAUGAAGUUGCUCUCCUUUCCUUCCAGGGCAAGACACUUUUCCCUCGCUUGUCACGCAAGAAGGGCCAUGAGACAGAAGAUGUUCUGGAUACGGCUGCCAAACCCGGAUCUGCAAUGGAAUAUGUCUCUAAAGGACUCAACUUUGCCUCCGGAGUCCUGUCCAGCGUGGGAGUUGGUUCGAAGCUUGCUACCACCGAAAAGCAAGCUGACAUCAACAUUUUCUCAGUCGCAAGUGGCCACUUGUAUGAACGAAUGCUGAACAUUAUGAUGGUAUCCGUGAUGCAAAACACUAAACACUCCGUUAAAUUCUGGUUCAUCGAGCAGUUCCUCUCUCCCUCCUUCAAAUCAUUCCUGCCACACCUAGCCAAGGAAUACGGGUUCUCAUACGAAAUGGUCACGUUCAAAUGGCCACAUUGGCUCCGUGCUCAGCGCGAGAAGCAGCGCGAGAUCUGGGGUUACAAAAUCCUCUUUUUAGACGUGCUAUUCCCGCUUUCCCUAGACAAGGUCAUCUUUGUCGAUGCAGAUCAGGUCGUCCGCACAGACAUGUACGACCUUGUCGACCUAGACCUGGAAGGCGCGCCCUACGGCUUUACACCGAUGUGUGAUUCUCGCCAUGAGAUGGAAGGCUUCCGCUUCUGGAAGCAGGGCUACUGGAAGAACUUUCUCCGCGGGCAGCCUUAUCACAUUUCAGCUCUAUAUGUGGUUGACUUGAGCCGCUUCCGCGCUCUGGCCGCCGGUGACCGUCUCCGUGGUCAAUACCAGAUGCUCUCUGCUGACCCUAACAGCUUGAGUAAUCUUGACCAGGACCUGCCGAAUCAUAUGCAACACCAUAUCCCAAUUAAGAGUCUGCCGCAGGAAUGGCUGUGGUGCGAGACGUGGUGCUCAGAUGAGUCUCUCGGUCAAGCGAGGACGAUUGAUCUGUGUAAUAACCCGCAAACUAAGGAGCCCAAACUCGACAGGGCUAGAAGACAGGUCCCCGAAUGGACUGCAUAUGACGAGGAGAUUGCUGCGCUGUCAGAGAGGGUUGCUCUCGAGCAUCAAAGAGAAAAGGAAGUACAACCUGACGAUGAAGGUGAAGAAGAUGAGGAAUGGAGAAAGGACGAGUUGUAGAAUUACAGUAUAUUUUACAUUUUGUAUGCCAAUAGAUAUAUUUGCGAACGAAGUCAUUGAUUGCUCCUGAAC